CACAAUUUCAUAGUCUUCUUCUUCUUCUUCUUCUCAUCUUUUUGGAUACUUUUCGAAAUAUCAAAAGACGAAAGAAGAAAAUGCAAGCCAUCGGCAGCAGCCAUGGCAGGAGCCUCUGCUGCUUCAACAACUCUCUCUCCGAAUCAAUCUCCAAGUUCCUCUCUCCUUCUUCUUCUCCCUCGCUUCUCUUUCAGAGAUGUCAUUCGUUCUGUAUGCCUAAGCUUGGAAGUAGUUAUGAGAAUGGCCGAGGAAGAUGUGUGACAGUGAGAGCUUUAGGAGAUGAAGAUUCUAAUAAUGAGAACUUUGCUCCUCUUGCUCCUGUUGAGCUUGAGUCUCCUGUUGGACAGCUUUUGGAGCAGAUUCUUAGAACUCAUCCUCAUUUAUUGCCUGUUACAGUCGAUGAGCAGCUCGAGAAAUUCGCUGCGGAAAGCGAGGCUCUUAAAGCUGAGACGUCUUCUUCACAAGAUGUUCUCUCUAAGAGAAUAUCUGAAGUUAGGGACAAGGAAAGACGGAAAACUUUAGCGGAGAUCAUUUACUGUUUAGUGGUCCAUAGGUUUGUGGAAAAAGGGAUCUCUAUGAUUCCUCAGAUUAAACCAACUUCAGACCCAGCGGGACGAAUAGACCUAUGGCCAAACCAAGAAGAGAAGCUCGAAGUCAUUCACUCCGCGGAUGCAUUCGAGAUGAUACAGAGUCAUUUGUCUUCAGUUCUUGGAGACCGAACAGCAGUCGGUCCUUUAAGCUCUAUUGUUCAGAUAAGCAAAAUCAAACUCGGAAAACUCUACGCUGCUUCCGCGAUGUAUGGCUAUUUCCUCAGAAGAGUAGACCAAAGAUACCAACUUGAGAGAACCAUGAACACUCUUCCAAAACGGCCUGAGAAAACCCGGGAACGUUACGAAGAGCCCUCGCCUCCUUACCCGUUAUGGGACCCGGAUUCCUUGAUCAGAAUCCAACCAGAAGAAUACGAUUCUGAUGAAUACGCGAUACAGAGAAAUGAAGAUGAGUCAUCUUAUGGGUUAAGAUCAUACGUUACGUAUUUGGACUCAGAUACACUUCAGAGAUAUGCUACAAUACGUUCUAAAGAAGCAAUGACUCUCAUAGAAAAGCAGACACAAGCGCUCUUUGGACGGCCGGACAUAAGGAUACUCGAGGACGGUAAGCUGGAUACUUCUAACGACGAGGUUCUAUCUCUAAGUGUCUCUGGACUUGCAAUGUUGGUAUUGGAAGCCGUUGCUUUUGGAUCUUUCUUGUGGGAUUCAGAGACCUACGUUGAAUCCAAAUACCAUUUCCUCAAGGCUUGAGUUUAGUCUCUUCCCCUCCUUGACAUUGUACUUUUUGAGAGUAGUGGAUGUAAAUGUUAUCUCUCAUUGGAAAAUUUGUAACGACUCAAUCUCUGUAAAAUGUAAUAAACUACGAUUCAAAACUUUAGAUUCAAACUCAAGCAUAUUAGCUCAAAAUCUUGAA